UGUAUUUUUUAAAAAAUUUAUUCGUUUUCUACAAUGAAUUCAUGAUCCUUCCCAACGAUUUUACGAUAUUUGGUAUAUAGUAGGGAGGUGUUUUUGGUAUGUAGAAUUCCAGCGUAUAUAUAUAAUGGAGAUGUACACAUAGAUGCAAACAUAAUGAUGAAAACUGAAAGUGCAGCAAUGGAAGUGAAUGGAUUCCCCGGUCAACGGUCAAACAUGCUGGAAUCUUGAGUCACUGAAUACUUUCUUGUGCACAUUGGAAUUCCGAAAAAUCCCCAAUCCCUAGCUUUUGACGGCUAUCUUUCCCCUUCCCGCCAUCUAUUUAUACACUCCCAUGAUCACUUUCAUCCCCCAAAUUUCUUUUUAUCCACGUUUUUCCCCUUCAAAUUAAUCCCUUCAUUCACCAACAACCUUCUUCUUUUAAAAAAACAAAACUUUCUUGAAUUACAUCAAGCAAUGACGAAGAUCGACGCCCUCCGUCGAUUCCUCCUCCCCUGCAUCGGCAGCUCCCGCACGUCCCCGACCGCCGCCGCCAAGAAACGCCUGAGCACCUCCCUCCGCGACGAAACAGCAAGAACAAGCCCCCCUCAGCCCCCCAGCAGCAAGAAAGCGAAAUCCCGUCGUGCUGCUCCUCCCCGGCCACCCCCGCCCACGAUGGUGAUCGGCACGAUCUUCGGGCACCGGCGGGGCGGGCAUGUGUGGUUCUGCGUGCAGCAGGACCGGCUGAGCGUGAUACUUCUAGAACUUUCCAUCCCCACGUCGGGCCUCAUGCAGUGCGGGCUGGAGUUCAGCGCCGCCGGCUCGGAGCUGAGCCGCUGCCCCCUCCGGUCGGUGCCGCUGUGGACGCUCUUCUGCAACGGCAGGAAGCUGGGGUUCGCGGUGCGCCGCAAGCUCACGCAGCAGACCAAGGUCAUGCUGAAGACCGUGCAGAACGUGACGGUCGGGGCGGGCGUCAUUCCCUGCAAGAUCGGCGCCGACGAAAAGGAGGUCAUGUACAUGCGGGCUAAUUAUGAGUGCGUUUUGGGCAGCGCCGAUUCCGAGUCUUUCCAUUUCAUCAAGAACUCAGCGUUUUCUUGCUCCCAACAAGAUGAAACUAAUCUUGUUUUGUUUUUUUCAAGAAUUUAGUUAGGUGAUACAAAGAUUUUUCAAGAAAAUCGCGGUUUUCUUGAUUCGGAACCUGCUUGGGUUAAACUUAUUGCUAACUUCUUCUUCUUUUUUGUUUUUUUAGAGAAAGCCAAUUUGUAGCUUUAUUUUUUUUCAGGAGAAUAAUCCAGUUAGUUCUUGUCCAUUAAUCAUCAUAUAUCUGCUCCUUUUUCUUUAUAAUGCUUUUGAAUACUGUGA